GCAUGUGCGUCCUCUGACCCGCCAUAUUGAACUAGAAGGGUUUAUGUUGUAUUUGUGUGCAGGACGUUUGUACUGCAUUUGUUGAUUGUGUUGGAUUUUGUUGAUUGUUUAACUUAUUGCAUUCAAAAUGAGUGACAUCGAGCCGAAUAAGUUGAAGGUUGCUGAGCUUCGGGAAGAACUGAAGAACCGAGGGCUGGACACAAAAGGCACGAAGGUAGUGCUUGUGAAGAGAUUAAAACACGCUCUCAACAAAGAGAGCGGAUCAGAAGAUGCUAAUGAAUCUCUGGACACAUCGCAAGAAAUUGGUGAUGAAUCUUCCCAGGAAGGUAGUCAGAUUCAGGAAGAUCUGUCAGCUUCAGAAGCUGCUCCAGUAGCUGAGGCUGAACCUGAACCGGAACCCGAGCCUAUGCAGGAAGAAGCUCAGGUAGAAGCAGCAGCAGCCGAGCCUGAGGCUGAAGUUAAAGCAGUAGAGGCAACAGAUACUCAGAAUGGAGAUGAGGAGGCUGCUCCAGCAGACGAAAUGGCGGAGGAGUACCAGACCAUAGAUGAAACUUCACAAGAUGAUGGAGAGGAGGGCAAAGAUGAUGAACGUGGAUCGAAGAGGAAGAGGUCUAGAUCCAGAUCCCGCGAAAGGAAGAGGUCUCGUUCCCAUGAUCGAUCUCGCCGCUCACGGUCCAGGUCACGAGACAGGCAUAGACGCCCACCACCUGAGAUGGAUGAUGAUGGCUGGGAGACAGGUACAGAUUUCAAGUUGGACAGAUUUAACUGUGACUUGAAUAUGCGCAUUGAUGAGAAUGGUGUGAAGGCUCACCCUCUGACUGUGGAAGGGUUUGGCUUCAUGUGGGCAGGUGUGAGAACUAUGUACGCAGUUAACAAGGGCAAGCUUGCAUUUGAGGUCAAGAUUUUGGAGAACCUGAAUGUAGAACAUCUGCCAUCAGAGGAGUCCAAUCCCCAUGUGGUGCGUGUUGGCUACUCAGUGGAUGCAGCCUCUCUACAGCUUGGUAAGUACCUUGACCCAAAUAAGUGUGAAAUAAGGAUACAUGAUUCAUGGAUAUUUGUUCAAUGUUGCAUAUUUUUCCAGAUUCUCAUGAUGGUUGGUCUGCCAGGUGCUGGCAAAACCUACUGGGCUGAAAAACAGGCAAAGGGAAAUCUAGAUAAGAGGUACAAUGUGCUGGGUACCAACAACAUCAUUGACAAGAUGAAGGUUAUGGGUUUGCCUCGUAAGAAGAACUAUGCUGGGCGAUGGGAUGUCCUUAUUGACAAAGCAACAAAGUGCCUCAACAGGAUGAUUGAAAUUGCUGCUCGCAAAAAGCGAAAUUAUAUCUUGGACCAGACAAAUGUGUAUGCAUCAGCCCGGAGACGUAAAAUGCAGCCUUUUGAAGGUUUCCAACGCAAGGCGAUUGUGGUAGUACCUACUGAUGAGGAUUUCAAAACCCGCAUUGCCCAAAGGGAGAAGGAAGAGGGAAAAGAGGUGCCAGAAAAAGCUGUUCUUGAAAUGAAAGCUAAUUUCACAUUGCCAGAGACAGGGUCUCUGUUUGACAAUGUAGAGUUCACUGAGCAGGACAAGGAACAGAUUGAUCAGCUGGUUGAGAAGUACCGCAAGGAAGGCCAGGCAGCUCUCCCUCCUCCAGACAAGAGAUUCCGAGGGGACAGGUUCUCAGGUCGAGGUCGUUAUGAUAACCGUGAUCGUCGUGGUGGCUACGACCAUCGUGAUCGUGGUAGGGGAGGUUACCGUGGGGGAUAUGAUCGCAGAGGAGGUGGUGGUUAUGGAGGCUACAAAUCAGGCGGACGAUAUGAUGACCAAGAUAGAUCAGGAGGUCGACAGGCACAGUCAUAUGACCGCAGCUAUAACCGCAAUUACAACCAGGGAUCCUACCACAAGCAAGGCUCCUGGGGCAGUCAGGGGUCGUGGGGGAACCAGGGGUCAUGGGGCAACCAGGGAUCUUGGGGAAACAACAACCCUUCCAACUAUACCUGGGGUGGUUAUGGCCAGGGUUCAUCAAACCAGGGAUACCAACAGUGGGGUGGUCAAGGCAGCUGGGGACAGUACUGGGGUCAGGGUGGUGGCAGCAGCGGUAACUACAACAACCAGAACCAGCAGUACGGCAGCUGGGGCUAUGGCAACUACAGCAACAAAUAGUGGCUUCAACAUCACACCUAUAGUCAGUUUCCUUCUGUCACCAUUGCGCUGGUGUCAUGGAUGAGAUGAGUAGAAGAGACGCAAGAUUUGGUUGAUGGGUAUUUUUCCGCAACAGGCGUCAGGAGACAUGUGUUCAAGUCUGUUGUAUGAGGUACACAUCAACAUGUUUCUUCCUCUCGGCCAUACUCCUGAACCCACCAGACAGGGAUCAUGCAUAUCCUUGAUCAUUGAACCUGAACAUAUUUCUUUGAAUUUCUAAGUGUCUUCAUGUUACUGUUUUGGUGCAGUGUUGUGCUUGUUUAUCAACUGUAUAUAAAAUCCUGUCUGUUCCGUGAAGUAACACAAGGUUUUUGUAAAGGGAAAGAAUACAGGAAUGAAACAGUUUUGCAUCAGCUGUAGAAUGCAUUUAUCAAAGUCUUCAUGUAGAAGAUGGACAUUGUAGUCAUCAUGUUGAUAUUUCUUACACUUAAUCUUGUACUUGAGGUCAUUUGUCAUCUUUGUAGAUGUUCAUUUAUGUGAAUCAUGAAAACAAUCGAUUAUGUGCAUAAUUAGAGAUACUUUCCAUGGAAUCAGACCAUCACAGUAACUUCAUCAUCUUUUCCCAUAAGACAGGAGCAUGGUAAAGCAUAUUAAUUGUUGCCUGUCAUUGUACAAAACGUGUCAUAUCUUUUGUUUUAAACCAUCAUCCGAGCCGAACUGUGCAUUUUCUGAUUUCAUUCAGGAACAUUCAUAGAUUUUAUAAAAAUAUUUUAUUGUAAUUUUAUUUGAAUAUUUCUUGUUAAAUUGGCUUUGUUGUUAGUUUCCAACUAUGACAAUAGUCAGUGAGAAUAGAGCCGUGUAAUUAUAGGUGGAUACUUGGUAUUGUGUAUUAUGUACAUGGACAACUGAUGUGUUCAGCUGUUCCUGAGACUGACAUCUAGGAGCCAGAGCAACACUGAUCAGGAAACUGGGGAUGCGGUGCCAGAAAUUGCUGAACACGUCAGUUGGUGACCAGAUUUUAGUGGAUAUUUUAUGUUCAAAAUGCGUUACUUUAUAAAAACAUGUCUUCAUUGUUAAAUGAAUCUUUCUUGGAG